AUGAAGUACUCGCUAGGCUACAGGUUUAAUCCUCGACCUGAGGAGUUGAUUUCAUAUCUGUUGAUGAGAGUUCAGGAACAAGUUCUGCCAUAUGACGUGGCUAUUCCAAUGGUUGAUCUCUAUGGAACGAUGACUCCAUGGGAGAUUUGCAGCGAUGAGAACGAAAGGAAUUUCUUCUUCUUUACCAAGUUAAAGAAAAAGAAGGAGAGCAAUACGCGGUUCAUUAGAACUUCUGAGUGCGGAGAGUGGAAUGGGAAGGCAAAGUCUGAAAAGAUUAUUGAUCCACGAACCGAUUCAAUUCUUGGUUACAGGAGACAAUUUACUUUCAAACCAAAGAAUGGUGAUGGAAUCUUGAACUCCAAGAAAGGUGAUGGAAAACGUCGAAACUGGAUCAUGCAUCAGUAUUCCUUGCCGGAUAAUCUGAACAUACAGAACCAACAUAACUAUGUACUUUGUCAGAUUAUCAGACCUAAAAGACACAAGAAAGAUGACGAUGAUGGUGAAAUCGAAGAUGAGAUUUCAAUUAAUGAGACAUCGACACCAUGCAACGAGGAUCAUAAAGAAUUGGCGGCACCUGAACAUAUAAUGAUGAUCCCAUCUGAAUCAGUACAAGAUAUGGAGCAGAAACCACCAAUGGGAUUUGAUCAAGUAUCGCAUCUAAAUCAGUACACAAUGGAGCCACAACCCGUGGCCUUCGAUCAAGCAGUGGUUAAUCAAUAUCAGCGAUCUUCUGCUAUGUUACACUGUUCAGCACCGGGCUCAUGGCAAAUAGAUGCUACGCAUACUGCCCAGUGGAGAUUUCCAAUUGCCGGAGCAAGUCAUUACAGAACGUAUCAAGAUAUGAUGAUCUCAUCUGAAUCAGAGCAACCACCAAUGGCCUUUGGUCAUGCUGCUGCAGUAUCGCAUCUAAAUCAGUACGCAAUGGAGCAGCCACCGGUGACCAUCCAUCAAGCAAUGUUUAAUCAACAUCUGCAUUCUGCUGAUAUGUGUCAACAGUGUUCAGCAGCGGCGCCAUCGCAAUUAGAUGCUACGCGGACUACUCAGUGGGGCAUUCCAGCUACCGGAGGAAGUGAAGGCCCGAAGGAGUUUGGGAGUGCUUACGGACCGUAUCAAAAAGGAUGGUUUGAUAAGCUUGAUGAUGAGUGUAAAGUUCGGCUUGAUCAAGUUUUAGGAGAUAUCAUUGCGGGGAAAGUUGAUUUUACUAUGGUGGAGAAGCAAAGUAGACAAGCUUGA